UCAUGAAGUCUGUAACUUGUGGAGUAUUUUUCCUAUUUGUGGUUAUAACAUGGGCCAGUGCAGUUCCAAUGGAACAAAAAGCAUUGAAGAUCAUUUCAAGCAAUUCAAGAGGAAAUGAAUGUCAAAUCUGUAAAAUGUAUUGUACAGAUGUGAAGGUUGCUUUAGAAAAUGGAGGAGGAAUGAUUGCCAUUCAAAUGGUCGUCGCAGACAUUUGUAGACUACUUCAAUUUACUGAUGAAUUCUGCAUUAAUGUGGCUCAAGGAAGUACUGGGUGUAUUCAAGAGAUUGGCGCAUUAAUCGAUCCUGAUGUUAUUUGUCAAAAUUUGUGUAAAUAAA